AUGGCGCAAGGAGCCAUCAAAAAGGCCCCCAAGGCCAACCCGGGGCUCACCAAAGCCAAGGGCAGCGGCGGCGGAGCGAAAAAGGUCAACAAACCCCAAAAGGCCAAGAGCGGCGGGAGCGCAGACAAACAAAAGAAGAAGUUCACCUCGGGCAUGGUGGCCAAGACGGAGCUGAUGCUGGGGGCGAGGGCGGGGCACCUGGAGCUGAUUGGGAAGGGGAGGGACAAGACGAAGAAGGGGCCUGCGACGGAGAAUAAAGGGGGGAGCCGGAAGUUUGGUUAA